AUGGCCAUGGGGGGGCCGCAUCCCGUCCUCCACCCUGCACCGGGACAGGCGGUGGGGCUGGGGGUCCUGGGGCGGGGGGGAGCUCCCAGACUUUCCGAGCUCAGGCCCUGGCUGGGCGGUGGGGUGGCUGGGGUGGCAGGAGGAGGUGGAGGUAGUAUCGCAGGAGGGGGCGCAGCGGAGAAAGGAGGCAGGGUGAGAUGUUCCCGCAGGGUCUGGGUCCUCCUUGGUUCGCUGGCUCUCGUCUUCCUCACCUCGCUCUUCUUCUCCGUCUCGCUCCGCGGGGGCGUGGGCUUCAACUACCUGGAGCCACCUGGGUGGGAGGAGUCGAGGCGGGUGAAGCUAGUGCCCAGCUACGUGGGCGCACACAGGCUGUCACCAGCUGACACCCCCCAGCAGAAGACAUGUGCCUGCCCGCGCUGUGUCGGAGACCCCGGUGUUUCUGAUUGGUUCGAUGAGAACUACGACCCGGAUAUCUCACCGGUUUGGACCAGAGACAACGUCCAGCUGCCUUCUGAUGUCUACUACUGGUGGGUGAUGUUACAGCCCCAGUUUAAACCCCACAGCAUCCAGCAGGUGCUGCUGAGGUUGUUCCAGGUGAUUCCGGGAAGGUCGCCGUAUGGCUCGUGGGAUCCGGGACGCUGCAUGCGCUGCGCCGUGGUGGGGAACUCAGGGAACCUUCGUGGGGCCGGAUAUGGGGCAACCAUCGACGGACACAACUACAUCAUGAGGAUAAACCUGGCCCCCACGGUGGGCUACGAAGAAGACGUCGGCAGCCACACCACUCACCACUUCAUGUAUCCGGAAAGCGCCAAGAACCUGGCGGCCAACGUCAGCUUUGUCCUGGUUCCCUUCAAAACGUUGGAUCUCGUCUGGAUCACCAGCGCUCUGUCCACUGGCCAAAUUCGAUUUACGUACGCUCCAGUGAAGCAGUUCCUCCGCGUAGAUAAAGACAAGGUCCAGAUCUUCAAUCCGGCAUUCUUUAAAUACAUCCACGAUCACUGGACCAGACAUCAUGGCCGCUACCCCUCCACUGGCAUGCUAGUGCUUUUCUUUGCUCUGCAUGUCUGCGAUGAGGUGAACGUGUUUGGUUUUGGGGCGGACAGCCGGGGGAACUGGCACCACUACUGGGAGCAAAACCGCUACUCCGGAGAGUUCAGGAAGACCGGCGUCCACGAUGCCGACUACGAAGCUCAGAUCAUCCAACGGCUGGCCAAGGCUGGCAAAAUCACUGUAUUCCCUGGGAAAUAACUAGGAAAUAACCAGCAAAUCACCCCAAGUAGCAAAUGUUCCAACGCUGGUACGGCAACAGACACUUUAGAGGCUGCUUACAAUGUGUUAGAUAUUCUCGCUACCUGCACCAGUUUGGGUUCCCAGUUAAAGUAAACCAAAUGCUUACAGAAGUUGAGACGAAAUGGUCACGAAAUAGUACCAAAUAAUGUUAUUCCAUUCACUUACCCUCAUAUUUGGGAGGUUGCCCACCAGUCGAGGCUCUGAUUGGAGAACAUGGUGUUGACUCCAGGAACAGGGGCCAGCCAGAUCCAAACGUAGUUCUUACUUUUAUCACCUAAGAGUGGGAGUUGAGCCUUAAAUUUGUCAUUGAAGCAAUUGGUUCUGCCAGCGCGAGGCUUGAAAGACAAGACCACAUAUCUCUUUCCAAGGGCAGCUUCAAAAAAAGCAAAUGAGGGCUGGACCGCAGCAAAACUCAAGUCAGUCACCACAAACAUCGACUUUGACUGUGUACCACACAGACAAAGCUGGGUCCCACCUUGGAUGAGUGUCUGAUCCUCAUCCAUUUACAGAAAUACAGUAUAGUACAUACUGAAAAGGCCACAGAAAAGGCAACAUCAGCAUCUAGGAGACUGUUCCCAGCCACGAGGUGUCUGACAGUAACAAAGCGUGAACAAAUACCAGGCACCGCUCUGUAGGCCUGCAGACAAGAUUAACAGCACGGACACAGACUGUGGAGCUUUCAGACGCCAUUGUGCUGUUAAACAUUUUGAGACUAAAGGACUAAUUUUCCAUCUCUUACAAAACCCUGGACCAUGACUCCCUUGAGAAAGAACUGCUCCUAUACGAGACCAAACCUCACUUGCCACUUCUCACUGUCAUAACACUUUAUGUGAGUUCUGCCUCACAAGACAGUGUUACAAGUACCAUGUCUGACUGUGAUGAGUCAUAAAAUGAUGUGUUAUAAGACGAUACGUGAUUGCUGUGAGUUUAAAUCAUAUGGCUUUCCUCUAAAUCCCCCCCCCCCCCGGUCUUUGCAGGGCUUAGCAAGGCCUUCGACACCUUGCUGCAGACUCACAGAAACAUGAUCAGGACUUUUGCCUUUUGGCCAUUCUGACUCAGAUAGAUCACUGCUGCACUAGCAUGAGCUUCAGCUUCUGCAGAGACAGCUAGCAUGGUUUGAAACACCACAGCGACCGCAGGCCCUGCUACAGUCUGUAUUCACAUCCACACACAGAGGGAGAGUUCUGGGAGAGAGUUUGAUUUGACUGCAUGAGACUCUAAUGAGGCCAAAAGUCCAUCUCCUGGGAUUUCAUGUUUGGAUGGAGGCACGCUGGUUUCUGGACUGGAGUUUAAUCCCCAUGUGGUCUGUCAAGGUCUAUUUUGGGAGGGGGAGCACUGGAGACAGAGAGCUGGAGCAUGAAGAACCAGUCUGACAAAGCCAGCAUGAGAAACACAUCAUUUACCCCAGUGUUUGGAUGAAAAGAGAAGACAUUGUUGUUGAUGUGCACAAACUGUACUGGGUUCACCACUUUGGUUUUGAGAGGACUGAGACAAGAAAGGAAGCUCACUCUGCUUCUUUUCCCACAGACCUAAAACUCCAACCUGACUCCUCCUAUCCCAGUGGAGUUAGAGACUGUCAGGAGGAUUUCGCCCCAGAUUAAGGCCCAUAUGAUGGGGGGUGAAAAAAAACCCCACUGGAUUUGGGACUGCUUUAACCUGUCAGCAGCUCGGCUUCAUUAACCACUAGCCCUGGUCUCUGCUCAGCCAAUUCAGACUUCAGCUACGUCUGGAGGGUGUGGAGCCACCGGACGCCUUAGACUUUACCUCCGUAAACUGUUCUGAUUUUCAUGAUGAUGGCAUAUCCCCCUGCAGACUGCAGAUUUCAUUUGUUAGUUUUAUGUACUGUUUAGCUUUGAGUUUACACUUUGGCUGGAUUUAUGCUAUUGGCUCAGAUUAGAUUUACUUUUGCACACAGGUGCCACAUUUAAAGAUUUUUAUCAUGAUUUGGUAUCAAAUAAUACCCAUUUACACAUUAAUAGCUUCCGAACAAAUAUCAGUCAUGGAAGGUGCUGCUAGACUGUAACAAAAGACAAAAACAAAAGCGGAAAAAAAGAAAAUGUGUGCCACAGAGAGGAAGGAAAAUACAAGUAUUUGGUUAGAGCUGAGACUGUAAAUCCAUCCAAAGAUGUGCUUAUCAAGAAGCAGACAAGACAAGGAAGAGUACUCAAGGUUCCUAUGCAGGUCUGGAAAAAAUGGAGAAGUGAUGACUGAAUAAGUCUUUCAAGGUGUGAUAAUUAAUAUUUUUACUAUCCCGUCACAACAAACUAACGUAUGUAUGCAUGGGUUUGGAUGAUUGUUGAUCAGUAUUGACUCCAUUUAGGAACAAAUUAGUAUUUAUGUCAGUUACAGGUUACUUUAAGUUAUAGAAGUCAAAAUACAAGUUAUAGAUUAUUUACUCAGUCCCUACAGGAUUUUGCCAGCUUUUUUGGGAAUAGUUGCAUCCUAAAAUGCUUGAUUUCACUGCAGAUUUUCUAAAAUGAUUGCAAUGUUUUCAGGAGAGAGCGAAAAUGUGAAAAAAUUAAAAAAUUAAAACUCAAAUGCUUGUUCCAGUGAGGUGGAAUUUGCGUUAAUUUUUGCAGUUUGCAACUUCCUGAAGGGACUGCUUAAUGCCACUGAACUAUAAUUAAACAAUUUCUUAAUAAUAUUGAAUAUUCAUGACUAAUUAAGCAACACUCAAAGUUAAAGGUACCCUGUGGAGUUUUUGACCACUAGUAGUGCUGUGGAGCAAUGUUUUUCAUGUGUGGUCCCAUGAUUCCACUGAUCUAGAGGUGGCGGUAAUGUGCCAAAAAAUGCAGCAAUGUGCCAAGAGAGGCAGGGAAGAAGAAGACGUAAACAAUGCAGGAUUUAAAAUGUUUUUAAAAAGUCAGCAUUGCAAAUUUUCUUAGGAAGGAAAUGCAUUCAACACAUUUGUUAGAUCUCAAGGACACUGAAUGUGAACAUAAACUCCACAGGGCACAAUUAUUUAAGAGUUUUCAUCAGGACUGUGUGGGUGUGGUUUGAUCAGAUUUAAUUGACUGAGGCCACCAAACACCUCACCAACUAUCAGAUUUUCAUUCAAAUAUUGCAAAAGUUUGUGAGUUUUUUCCAACUGAGCCACAUCCACUUCGUACCUGUACGAAAAGCACAGGGAAGAAAAUGCAGAAAUCUCUUAAUUGUAAUAACAUAAACUGUCAGAAAAAUGUCUUUUCAUGUCGGAUCCUGUGAUGCACAAUGAGGAGCAGAUUCAAAAACAUGUUUCCAGGGCUUUUAAUGCUCCUUUAAACUAUGAGAAAACUUUACUAGUUGCAGCUAAGAGUUCACCAGAACUUUUUUUUUCCUUAGAAGCAGUUGGUGUAUUGUUUUAAUGACUCAUAAUGUGCUAUACGGUGAGCUAAAAAAACAAGUGAAGAAAGAUACAUUUGUGAAUAGAAGCCGUGUAGGAACCGUGAGUGCCAGCCGCUGCAGCAGAUGGUACUUUUAUAUGAAAUAACACCUGUGUAUGUGUGAGAACCUCAGAGUCUGCUGUUAAGGGACUUAACCACAUGAUAUUAUGAAGCUCACACCUGUGUUUUAUUUUUUACAUGUACUUGUUGAGAAAAGGUCUGAGGGUACACAAAAUGAGGAGGGGUUGGGUUGUGGAACCGCCCCCAGCAGGCGAUGUGAAGAACUGUGCCUCCUAUGCUGAUAAUCAUUUCUGUUGGUGUAUUAUUGUAUUAUCUUUUGGAUGAUAUUGUGUAACCACA